AAAAUCAAGUGUUCUUGCAUCAACACAUGGGCAUGGCUCCCCUCUUCCGCUCGUUGCCCCUCCUCGUCCUCCUGAUCGCCCUGUCCAGCACCGCAUUGCCUUCCUCCCGUGCUACGUCCAGCGAUGGAGACAACCAUGACCUGCUGAUGCUGGGUAGGUUCCACCUGUGGAUGUCAGCGCAUGGCCGGUCAUACCAUAGUGCCGCCGAGAAGCUGCUGCGGUUUGAGGUGUACCGUCGCAACGUGGACUUCAUCGACGCCUCUAACAGGGACGCCGAGAGGCUCGGCUAUGAACUCGGUGAAAACGAGUUCACCGACCUCACCAACAAGGAGUUCAUGGCACGGUAUGUCGGAGAUGCUUAUGGUGGCGCCAGUGCUGGUGAUGAUCUCAUCACUACUUUGGUCGGAGAUGUCACGGAGGGGGUGAUAUCAUCCAAAAACUUUGUCGAGGAGGAUCGUAAUUUGACGAUGACUGCCUCUGACCCUCCCCGGCAGUUCGACUGGAGGAAACAUGGUGUCGUCACCCCUGCUAAGCAACAAGGGGCAUGUGGAUGCUGCUGGGCAUUUGCUGCAGCUGCGACGGUGGAGAGCUUGAACAAGAUAAAUGGCGGGGAGCUGGUAGACCUGUCUGUGCAGGAGCUCGUGGACUGCAGCUCGGGUGUCUUCAGCUCGCCAUGUGGCUACGGGUUUCCCAAGAGUGCACUUCAAUGGAUCAAAUCAAAAGGCGGUCUCCUCACGGAGGCCGAGUACCCCUACUUGGCCAAGCGAGGCAGAUGCACAGUGCAAGACGCCGCCCGACGCAUCGGCAAGAUCACCGGCGUCCAGGAGGUGCAGCCGGGGAGCAGCGAGAGCGCGCUGGCGCUGGCCGUGCUCGGGAGGCCGGUGGCCGUCCAGAUCGACGGGAGCGGCCCCGUCCUGCAGAACUACAAGUCCGGCGUGUACAAGGGGCCAUGCGCCACCAGCCAAAACCACGUGGUGACGCUGGUCGGCUUCGGAGUCACCGGCGCCGGAGAAGAGUACUGGAUGGCCAAGAACUCGUGGGGGGAGACGUGGGGUCAGAAGGGCUUCUUCUUCGUGCGCAGGGGAGCCGACGGGCCCCGCGGGCUGUGUGGCAUCGCCAUGUACGGUGCCUACCCCGCCAUGUAGUUAGUAUAUCGGCAUAUUGUCUGCGCGCUGGGUAUAUAUAUGACGGGUAGCGUAAUGUGCAACUAAAAUAAGCUGCAUCAAUGCAUUUGCACGCACAUCCUGGCUGUGCGAAUGAUGAUGACACGGAUGGAUGGCUGGAUCUAUCCUAAAUUACUUUGGCACCGUAUCUACAGAUGGUACGAUACAGUACUAUUUAUAUGUGUGUAGUCCUACGUGGGUUGUGAUGUGUCUGUUUUGUCAGGUGUACAUGUUUGAAAUGUAAGUGCAAGUUCUUAA